GGCUGAAAGGAAUGUACGCUACUGUGCAAAAUACCGUGGAAAAAAAUAUCCCUUCAGACUGGUGUGUAUUUCAAAGCUGAGACUAAAAGCUGUCUAGAGGACUGCUGAAAUCAUUCUGUGUUUCUACAGUGGUCUUGUUGGGGAGGGUGUGUUUAGUGACAUACAGCUGGGUUAGUGCCAGUUGAUUUGCAGUUAGCAGAUAAUGCAAGAACUCCAGAGAACCAAAAUGACACAAAUGUAUCUUAAAAGAAGAAAAAUCUAGCUAGUCUCCUACACACAACUAAUUGUAACUAUAGCUGUGCUAUGUAGGCACCAAGAGCAAGACAGGACUUAUCUUGGAAAAACGCAAAGCAAUGCAUGAAGAUGGCCCAGAUUUGCAAUAAAAGGGUUGAGAAAAUGAAAGUACCAACAAGAAACCAGUCAUCCUACUCCUUCAAAGCCUGCCGCUGUUGCAAUGUAAGAUGCAUGCAUCUAAGUCAAAAUCAUGCUAAAGCAUUUUUACUUUGCACCUGGUGAUGGGUUAAGAGAAGGUGGCAUAGAGUUGAUUAUAGAAGCUUAGAGAUGAGAAGUAACUCCACAGUCAUUGGUAACUCAGUCACUUUGGACUCUAUAUUGUCAGGCAGUUUAUUUCUGAAGAAUGGCGCUGAGUGACCUCCUUUAUCCAGAUAACCCCAAGAGACGACAAGAAUUGAUCCAUCUGCACCAGGAAUUGCUUGACUGCAUGUCCAUGAAUUUCCACGCAACAAAUGAGCUGGCUGGAGUUCUGAAUGCACACCUGGGAUGUACUAUUAGCCACAUCAAGAUGAGAGAGAGCAGCACUGUCAAGGAAAACUGUGACAUUAUCAUUCAAGCAAUGAGUGAGAUUCAGCGUCAGGUACAGAAGAUUGAUAGUGACCUGAAGGAGAAGCUAGAGCCCGUGCUGUACCAGAAGCUGUAUGACAUCAAAGAGCCUGAGCUGGAGAAAAUUGCAAUAGCCCAUAGAGUUUUUUCCAUCAUUCUUGGAGAAGCAACUUCAACAGCUGGGAUGGUAGCUAUCAAACUAAUUGGCUCCAACCUUAUAACUCUCACUGUUAGCAAACUCGUCAGCCUCCUUGCACAGAUUGGGGCAUCUGUUCUUGGGGGAAUCAGCAUCACCAUUCUUGGGCUCGGCAUUGAAAUGAUCCUCCAUGCCAUUCUGGGAGCUGUGGAGAGGAAUCAGCUUCUGGCUGCUGUGAGAAGCUAUGAGGAGCACCUGGCUGAGUUUAAAGAAGCCUCAGAAAAAUACCAGCGUGCCAUACAUGAAGUGACUUCUUCGGUCAGACACCAGGUUCAGUGAAUGAAGUUGAUGUUCUCUUUCCUGCUGUGACAACAACUGCAGCAGCUACUUCUGCAGAUUUUUGUUUGUUUGUUUGUUUCAUUAUGGUAGAUGAAAUUUGGAUUUUAUUUUAUUUUAUUUUUUCUUAUCAGUGGCAGCAGAGCAAAAGAUGUAUCAGAUCAGAGAACUGGCACAGAAAUACAUUAAUAGUGAACUGGCUUAAAGGUGCUUCUGGGAGGCAACAAUUUAAAUACUUGGCACCUUUUCAGCUGUUUUCCAGAAUGCAUUGUAGAUAACCUUGGAAUGUUAUUAGUAGUGGUGACAGUAACAUUCAUUGCUGGAACAGUAGUGGUGAGAAGGUGUGAUUUUUCUCUUACUGAGUUUCUUUGUGAAAAUGACAUCAUGAUGGGAGAAAAUUAUUUCAACAAAGCAUCCCAUAUCAUCAUCUAGAUGAUUCAUCAGAACAGGUGUAGUUGCUAAACUCUCUUAGUGUGGAUUUGUUCUAAAUCUGAUAGGCUCAAUUCCCUGUUCAUAGAAGAGAUUACAAGGACUAGCUGAAGCACAUUUAACUGCUAUUUCCUGUCCCAUUCUUGCCUGAGGAGCCAGCCAGAGGUCUUUAAAUAAAAUCUAAUGCCAGCAGAUUAACAGAUAAGAAAAUCAUGGGCCUACAGCCAAACACACACAACCUUGCCCCACAGUUGAGGGAAAGCAGCUGUAGAGCAGCAGGCAUGUCUGACUGUGAGUAACCUCUCAUGCUCAGUAUUGCCCUGCUCCUGCUCACCCACAGGUGAACAUUUCUGUGCACAGCUGCUGCUCUGUUUAUUGACAUGGCACCAUGCACUUAAACAAGGGUUUGUAGGAUUACAGCCCUAUUAAUGUGCUGAAUUUCUUUUCAAGUUCUUUACAAGCCACCAAUGCAGGACUGCCAAGAACAUGCACAGAUUCUUCAUUUCACUAUGUGCUACCAAAUGUCCUUAUUUUGCAGAUUUUUAAAACAAAACUAGAAGAACAUGAUUUGCUGUCAAGCUCUGAUUUGCUGUGGUUUGCCUUUUUUUUUUUUUUCUUUGAUCUUUGAAGAAAAAAAAUGAAUUAAUAAAAAUAUAUCUAUUUUAAGA